AUUUGACUUUCUCCCCUCAGACGGCGCACAUAAACAAACGCGCGUUACAAGAGCACACUUUGCAAAGCACCCAUCAGCACUGACACACUCAGCAGCACGGGGACGGACGCAGACUCGCUCCUUAGAGCCACUCGGGAGUUUGAUGAUUUCUUUUUUAUUUCAUUUUCUACUUUUUAUACUUUAGAAAAAGUAAGUGGAAGGAACGGAACUUUUUUUCCUUUUCUUUUUCUAAUGCCGACGAAUCCAGCGCCUCUCCGAGAUCACUAAGAGUGUUUUUAUUAUUAUUUUUCUUUCCUGUCAUUAUUUUUAUCUCUUUGCGGUUGUUCUGGAUGGAAAACGGAUACUUCACGCGAAGUUAUUAGCCCACUACAUGUAAAGACGGAACCGCUACAGCAAACAAGCACAGGUUCGGAAGAGCGCGCCCAGCCGAGCUCGGAGCCCCGGCGGUCGGACACUUCCUUAGCGACGCCCGCCGAGCCCUCCCCGCUCCAGGAGCCCUGCCCCGGCCGCAGCCACGCCACCCCUAAAUCCCGGACACCCAGCACCAUUCAGCGCGAGGCUCUUUCACCAGAUCUAUGGCAUUCUGACAAUGAACAAGCGCACUCAGUUAUUGGAACAGCUGCAGUUUGUCCAGUUGAAAUGCACACCUCGAGAUAUGCCCUGUGUGCAGGCUCAGUACGGGCCGGCCCCUCCAGGCUCAGCCUACUCUGGCCAGUCCUUCAGCUACCAGACUGAAAGCUACAGCUCUGACCUCAUGACCCCCGACUACACCAAGCUGGACCUGGGUGGGGGUGAGAUCUCUGCAGCUGCCACCACCUCUCUCCCAAGCUUCAAUGUCUUUGUGGACGGAAGCUACGAGCCUAAGUCCUCGUGCCUCUACCAGAUGCCCACGCACAGGCCCACCAUCAAAAAGGAGGAGGAGAGCUACCCAACUGCCCCACCCCUGGAGGCCAUGUCCUCCUCCACCAUGUACUUUAAACAGUCUCCCCCUUCCACUCCGACCACCCCGUCUCUGCCACCCCAGCCGGGCACCUCCUUCCUGUGGGGGGAGGAGCACCCCCUGGCUCCUUCUCACCCUCACUCUCUACCUUCCAGCCUGGAGACCGGCCCCCUCAAGUCCCCCCGUUUUCCGCACUUCUACCAGCAUUCACCGCCCCACAGUGGAGGCAGCGUCGGCGGUUAUGAUAGCCUGGGAGGAGGGCUGGUUCGCACCUCUUCUUCCUCCUCUUCCUCCUCCUCAUCAGUUUCCCAUCCUCACGUCCCACCCCUGGAGCAGCCUCUGUACCAGCUGCACCGCGGAGCAGGGAGCAGCAGCCUCGCCUUUCGCUCCCUGGCACUUGGACCUUGUGGCCCUCUACUAGCAGACAGCUUGCCCUCUCCACCCCCGCGUGGCCCACAGGGAGAGGGAACCUGCGCGGUGUGUGGAGACAAUGCGGCUUGCCAGCACUACGGCGUACGCACAUGUGAGGGCUGCAAAGGCUUCUUCAAGCGCACCGUGCAGAAAAACGCCAAGUAUGUCUGUCUGGCCAGUAAGAACUGUCCUGUGGACAAGAGGAGACGCAACCGCUGCCAGUACUGCCGCUUUCAGAAGUGUCUGAGCGUGGGGAUGGUGAAGGAAGUGGUGCGUACUGACAGCUUGAAGGGGCGCAGAGGUCGUCUGCCUUCCAAACCAAAGAGCCCCCUGCAGACGGAGGCAUCUCCUCCUUCUCCACCCCUCAGCCUCCUCUCUGCUCUGCUCAGGGCUUAUUCUCACUGCACACCUCGUGACCUUGACUACAGCCAGUUCAGCGCUGCCGACCCGCCAUCCUCCUCCUCGGACGUCGAACACAUCCACCUCUUCUACAGGCUACUCACCAUCUCGAUGGAGACCACAAGGUGCUGGGCGGAGAGGCUGCCCGGCUUCUCCGAGCUUCAGCGUGACGAUCAGAACCUGCUCAUAGACUCCGCCUUCCUGGAGCUGUUUGUGCUGCGAUUGGCUCACAGAUCGAUGCUGUCGGAGGAUAAACUAGUGUUCUGUAACGGCUUGGUGCUGCACAGGUUCCAGUGCCUUCGUGGGUUCGGAGAGUGGCUGGACUCCAUCCAGGAAUUUUCCGCUCACCUCCAGAACCUAAAUCUGGAUACCUCUGCCUUCGCCUGCCUGGCCGCCCUUGUGCUGCUCACAGAGCAAAUCCCCGGUCUGAAGGACUCAAAGCGGGUUGAGGAGUUGCAGAAUAAAGUGAUCUGUUGUCUCAGAGACCACCUGGGCUGCAGUCCUUCAUCCUCCUCGUCCAAAGCCGCUCCUUCUCUGAGUCGUAUUUUGGGUAUAAGGGAAGAGCUUCGUUCCCAGAGGACCCAAGGCCUUCAGCGAAUCUUCUACCUGAAGCUGGAGGAUCUGGUAGCGCCUCCGCCACUGAUUGACAGGUUCCUGGACACUCUGCCCUACUGACGACUCGGGCUAACCAUGCAGCAAAAUGAACCCACGUCACGUCCUGUCAAGGCCUUUCCCCAAAGGAGCAUGCAAACACACCCAGAAGAGAGAGAAGAGGCACUCUCUCUCUCUCUCAAGACUGAUGCAGCGCACGGAGAGCCAAUCUAAUAUUUUUGACUCGACGGGGACAACCAAACGAGAGCGCCUUUCACUCAAACGGACUACCAGCUAAAUGCUUUUCACCUGUAUAAAAGACAAUUACUCAAACGCUUUACCACUUUUUAUUUGGUCCUCCUGUUUCGCCCCACGCUGGGAGGAGGGGGGAGGAUGAUGAGGCUGAGAUGGACAGGAGAAAAGUGACUUUUUUUUUUUUUUUUGACUGUCCUCGCUCCAUCUGGGUUGCAGCUUAUUCGGCAAAAAAAACAAAAAACAAAAAAAACAAAGAAAGAACCGACGUUUAUGAGUACUGUUUAUCUGUGUUUCGGCCUGGCUCGUUCUGUCUGAGGACUUCCAUUUAGAAAGGAGGGCUGGGAGAGGUGGCGAUGUAAAAGAGAGAGUGCGGGGAGGGGGAGGUGAUCGUUCCGAAAUGUGCCGACAUGUCAGAGGUGGAGCGGCGUAGGCGUAGGUGGGCCAAAAUGUUACGACGCAGGACACAGGUGUUUCAUAAACACAUGGAAGUGGCUGUUGAGGCGGGCUCUUAAUUACAAGUGCAAUUCCUUAAGUGCUAUCGCGCCACAAGAGGAAGGGAUGGAGGAGGAGGGGAAAUCUAAUUUCAAACUCUAAAUUAUUUUAAUACAAAAACUUGUCCUGUACUGUCAGUAGCUAAAAAGAAAGACAGUCUCCCAUCUUGCUUUAGACAGCAGAGGAGAUACUGUGCACUAACGAUCGAUGACUGAGUCACCCAGACUUGAACUUUCUCUACUAUGUGGUUUUUUGUUUUUUUUUUGUUUGUUUGUUUUAUUAACUCAGUUUGAAAUCAUAGGUCGAGUAGAAGUGUGGAGGAAUGAACAUGGACAGAAAUUGGCUUUGGAAGCACUUACACCCUGAGAGGGGCUAGAAGCACAGACACACACCCUACCUGCUCGCCUGGGGGACAGGGAGAGGAGGGUGCUCGACAGACAGCUGUACGUCCAGGGGUGAAACAUUCCACGUUCAUGCUCUUUUUCUUUAUCGUUUUAUAUAUCGCGGCGGCUGUGUGAGUGUGGAGGACAUGAUCGCCUACCGUCUUUGUGUGUGCGCUUAGACAAGCCAGGAUCAUAUGCAUGGUGUGUUAUAAGCUGUCGAGAGCUGGCAUAGCCUGUCAAAACAGCUCGACCUGUGUUUGUGUCUCAGACUGCAGCUCUAUGGGAAUCUCCCCAGGGCCUCCACCACCCACUCACACCCUCAUGACGACGGUUUUAAAAUAAAUAAAAAAAAUCAAAUUCUAUAGAUAUAAAUAUAUAUAAAUAUAUAUAUAUAUAUAUAUAUACAAAACUAAUAUUUUGAAGUGUUUUUAGCUUUUUCAAAUAUUGUGGUACGAGUUGUGCAUUGUUUUUUGAAGAGAAACAAAAAAAGAGAAAAAAAGUUGCUGUUUUUUCAAUGUCCUUCUUUGGUUAGAGUUUCCUGUUCGAUAUGUUGUUGUUUUUUCUUUCUCUUUGGUUCACUGGAUUUUCUGUUCAGCACUUUGAAAUCAUAAACUAGUUCUGAUUAUUCUGAC